AUGGAAAUGAGCACAGAGAAAGAGGAAAGGAAGCGGAGAAAUGCGGAGAAAGGGUUGAACCGGAUGUCUCAGAUCCGGUCUGCACGUCCACAAGAUCAUCAUCCCACUCCAUCUACCGAUGAAAAGAAAGAAAGCUUCGAUGCUCGAGAUCGUUUGGCAUUCUUCACUGACGAUGAUCCGCCACCGGAAACCAAUCAGUCUGGUCAAACAAGUGCUGCGCCUGUGGGACUGAGUGAAGCCUCUACUUCUAGUACUCUUAAACAAGGUAGCAUGCAAGAAAUAUCAAGUGCCAACUCCCAAGAUGAUGAAAGCCAAGCUCAAUUACCAAACCAGGGGACCAGUACCUACGCAAUUUCUGCUCGUGCUGUAGGAGAAAAGGAUAAAUCGAAAAUGGAGACAGCAUCGAUCCGAAAAGCUUCAACCAACUCCGAAACACUACCAAAACAAGCAGGGCUCAACCUAAUUUAUUCUCUUCAAAACUACUGA